AUGAAUAAUGUUCAACACGAAUUCGAAGAAACUUUGAAACGGAUCCAAUCUCAAAACGGUGUUAUUGGUGUUAUUGUGGUAAACAAUAAUGGUGAUCUCAUAACAUCAACAUUAGACAAUAGAUCGUCUGUUAAUCAUGCUGAAAUGAUAAUGAAACUGGCUGACAACGCGAAGGGUUUUGUUAGAAAUUUGGAUCCGUCUAACGAGUUAACGGUUUUACGAAUGGGUUCUAAAAGACGUGAGGUACUAGUGGCACCUGGUAAAGAUUUCAUAAUUAUCGUUCUUCAAAAACAAAAUCAUAAAUCUAUUAUGAAAAUUAUAGCAAAYUCUUUAUAA